AUGGCCCAGGAAUUAAAAGAGCUUUGCCAGCUGUUGUUUCCUAACUCCACCGUAGAAACACCACAAUAUUUUAGUGAUAUUAAUGAUUAUAUAAAGAAGCUGGGAUCUCAAAACUGGGAGCAUAUUCGCAGUGAACCAGAGAGAUUAUCUGAUGAGAUGAAGCAUUUGACAGAACAAACCCAAGAGCUAGCAUUUACAAAUUGUAAAACAUUUGUAGAAACUGCAGAAAUUUCCCGCACUAUUAGGAAAGAUUUGAAAAAGUCUAAAGAUUCUUUGGACAAAUUCCUUAAUUCUAUGCCUGAUUUUGUUCAAGAAGUUGAAAAAUUCUCUAUCAAUGUUGGAAAUAUCGUUGACGAUAAAAGACGGUAUAACAGCAUGCGUCAUCAAAGUGAUAUAUUAUUGGAAUUACUUGAAUUACCUUCUUUAAUGCGUGAAGCUCUUAAUGCAGAGGAUUAUGAAAGUGCAUUGGAUAUUUUUACUUUUGUUCGUAAUUUAUCAAAAAGAUAUUCAGAGAUACCAGUUAUACAGAACACAUCAUCUGAAAUUAUGACUCUAUGGUAUGAAACCUUGUACCAUUUGUAUAAUCAGUUGCAAUAUGAUUUACCAUUGCCCCAAUGUUUGCAAAUACUGGGGUAUUUACGUAGAGCUAAUACUGUAUUCAAGUCAACAGAAGAAGAUCAGAGGAAACUGUUAUUUGCUGGAAAUAAAAUCAUGAAUAAUUCAGUUUUAACUGAUGGUUUGCACUUACAUUUUUUGAAAGCCAGAAAUGCCUGGUUUGAAAAAGCAUUAGAAGAUGCCAAGAGUAAUGAAUCAUCCGAGAAACUGUUAAGAAAAAUUGUUGAGUUGCAUAGAAUACACCUGUUUAAUGUCUUAACACAGCAUAAAUCAAUAUUUUUAUCAGAUACACAGGAAUCUAAAGUUAGAGAUGAUGAACUCAGUGGGACUAGUGCAUUGUCAUGCUGGUUAAAGCAAAAGGUCGAAUUAUUUACUCAAAUGUUGAACCAAGAUUUAAAAAAGGAAGAUGAAUCAAGCUUUGAAUCCCUUAUGAAUCAAUACAUUCCCACCAACACAAAUUUG